AUUAAAACAAAAAAAGUUGGUUGUAUGCCAUUAACACUAAAAUUAAAGAAAGAAACCCCCCCAUUUCUUUAAUCCCAUUCUGCCGAAUUCAAAAAAGAUAACCAAGGGGUUCGGCCCCCUUUCUCUUUCUACUAGGGCGCAGCGCCCAUCAUCGCAGCGCUUCCCCUCCCCUGCGCGCUCAUCGGCGACCGUCGGAAACCAGUUACAGGUGUUGUUGCGGAUAUCUCGGAAGCACGAGGCGUGACAAAGAGGGACUGCUGGUAGCGCACGUCUCGGAGGUGCGGUGGAUGGUGGAGUGGGACGCUGGUGAGAGGCGUGCGGCGCGAGGGCUCAAGCAACAGCUUUAGGUUUCUGUUUGUUUGGGCCUUGUUUGGAUUUAUUUUUGGGCCUGUGUUUUAGACGUAAAUGGGUCUUGGGUUUCGGAACUUUGGGCCUGGGCAUUAAUUUGGUCCUACAGCUAUUAAUAAUGAAUCAUUAUCAUCUCCAUGGAUGUAUUAUACAUCCAUCUCUACCCAUACUGUUCCAUUUCAAUUUAAAUUUGGCUAUUUAUCUUUAAUAUUUUCAAUUUUUUAAGUCAACUACAUAUUUAAACAUAAUUAUUAGAAAAAUAUUUAAACAUAAAAUAUAUAAUUUUUCUGUAUUAUUAUUAUAUUUUUACUUUUGAUAGUUUAUACAUCUAAGAACAUAUAAUAGAAGGAGUAGGGAUUAAAUAAUUAUCAUAGCCACACCACUGACUACUUAAAAGAAAAAAAAUUCAUCUUUGUCUUUCAUCUACUUUUUAAAGAAAAAAUUAUUCUUUCAAAACGCAUUCAUUCAAAAUCUAUUAGACUUGAUGAUGAUAAAAUGAAAAUAGAAGGAAUAAAAAUAAAAAUAAAAAAGUCAAAGAAAUUUUACUUAGUGGUAAAACAGCGAUGAAGCCUUCAUCAGUCGUGCCAAAGGAAUUUCUAUGCUCAAUAUUUGCAUCUAGCUAUUACCGAUUUUAUCCCGACAUAUAGACAGAUAUUCACUAAGCCCAUCUGUCCUCUUCUGUAAUUACAUAUUUUAUGAAUAUUUUAUUUUCUUCAUAUUCUCAUCUUUUAUUUAUCCUUCGAUUGAAAUAUUUUCCGUUCUUCGACUUUCGUCGGCUCUAUUCACGAUUUUAUCUCCUUCUAACAAUGAUUUCUCUUUCAUAGACAUGAUAAUCGCAUGUUCCAAUAAAAACCCAAUUCAAUUCGACCCUCAAAUUUUCAAAUAGCUUUUAGAAAAAUCUCAUCUUGAAGAACCCUUGUUUAUGAACGCUUAAAAUCUACCAAUCUUGUUUACCCUCAAAAUUGUGUUGAAUUGUUUAUCUUUUUUCUUUUUUCCUUUCCGAUGGCUGCUGCUGCCGCACUCAGAUCCAAACCUCCCGUCGAAAAAGCCUCUUUAACGGUCUCACAGUUCAGGCACUUCCUAUCUAAUUUCAUGCACUAUGGUCGCGUGGCUAGUUCCUCUCACUGUACCACCAACCGUACCAAAUGGGACAACCACUCGGUCAACACUCCUUAUUACUUCACUUCUUUCAAGCCCGUCUCGCUGAGCGGGGAACUCGUCGACAAGGGCUUCCAGUUAUUGGAUAUUAGGAGGAAUUCCCGCGGUACGAAUAAGGAUUUCGACAAAGAAUUGAGAGAUAAAUUGAGUUAUAACAAUUGUACGGUUUUGAGUUCUUAUGGGGACCCACCGGAGGUUUGGCAGCCACCUGGGGAUGGGGUUGCUAUUCGGGUUAGUGGGGUGAAUUUGGGCCGUGGCGGCGGUGGAGGAGGAGGAGGACCUAGACCGGGCCCUGGAGGUGAUUUUGGCGCGGGUUCAAAGGAUGAUUGUUGGGGAGGAUCUAGUUUGGGGCAUAAUUUUCCGACUCCCAAGGAGAUUUGUAAAGGAUUGGAUAAGUUUGUGAUUGGGCAGGAGAGGGCAAAAAAGGUUCUAUCUGUGGCAGUUUACAACCACUAUAUGCGAAUCUACCAUGAGUCGAUGCAGAAACGGCCUGCAGGAGAUUCAGGUAGCAAUAUAGCGGAUGUAUUAGAUGAUGAUAUAGUGGAACUGGAGAAAAGUAACAUUCUUUUAAUGGGGCCAACAGGGUCAGGGAAAACAUUACUUGCCAAAACCUUGGCUCGCUUUGUGAAUGUUCCUUUUGUUAUCGCAGAUGCAACUUCCUUGACUCAGGCAGGAUAUGUAGGUGAAGAUGUUGAAUCUAUAUUAUACAAGCUCCUUGUGGUCGCUGACUAUAAUGUUGCAGCUGCACAGCAGGGCAUUGUUUACAUUGACGAAGUUGAUAAGAUUACCAAAAAGGCCGAGAGCCUUAACAUUAGCAGGGAUGUGUCAGGGGAGGGUGUUCAGCAGGCAUUGUUGAAGAUGCUGGAAGGAACAAUUGUUAAUGUUCCUGAGAAGGGAGCUAGAAAGCAUCCCAGAGGUGAAAAUAUUCAGAUUGACACCAAAAAUAUACUCUUCAUAUGUGGGGGUGCCUUUAUUGACAUAGAGAAAACGAUCUCUGAAAGACGCCAAGAUUCUUCUAUCGGUUUUGGAGCCCCAGUGCGUGCAAACAUAAGAGCUGGUGGUGUUACAAAUGCUGUUGUGGCGUCAUCUUUAAUGGAGACUGUUGAAAGUAGUGAUCUAAUUGCAUAUGGUUUGAUACCAGAAUUUGUUGGACGAUUCCCUGUUCUUGUCAGUUUGUUGGCUCUAACAGAAGAACAACUUGUUCAGGUCCUAACGGAGCCAAAAAAUGCACUAGGCAAGCAAUACAAAAAGAUGUUCCAAAUUAAUGGUGUCAAACUGCAUAUCACUGAAAAUGCUUUGAAAUUAAUUGCCAGAAAAGCAAUAAAUAAAAAUACAGGCGCUCGCGGCUUAAGAGCCAUCUUGGAGAAUAUCUUGAUGGAUGCCAUGUAUGAGAUACCAGAUGUUAGGACCGGUGAUGAUGUAAUAGGUGCUGUAGUAGUUGAUGAGGAAGCCAUUGGAUCUGAAGGCAAUAGACAAGGAGCUAAGAUUCUUUAUGGUAAAGGUGCAUUAGACCGUUACCUUUCACAACAAAAAUUGAGGGACUCGGAGACAACUGUGGACGGAUUGGACGGGGAGACGGAGGUGGAAGCAGAGCUUCGUUCUGUUGUUGCCAGUAUGUGAUACAUAUAUUGAUGAAAUUGUAGAUGUAACUUGAUUGUACAUAAUAAGCUCACAUUGUUUUAAAAUAGAUUGUACAAUAUGCAUAAACAAUUUUAUGAUAAA